AUGGACGCCUCAACGUCGCUCGUGGACGAGUACGCGCGACUUCCUCUCUGCGCGCGCGCGCUCGUCCCUUAUGCGCUCGUCAUUGGCUUCGUUUUGAACCCGUUGUUCAGCUUGGAUGAUUUCGUCGCGUUUUGUCCGGGCGACAUCUUACGCCGCGCGCAGUUCCAUCGCGUGUUCGCGUCGUUGCUGUACAUCGAGGGCGCGUUCUCCACGCUGCUCGUCGCGUGGGCGGCGUUUCGCGUCGUCGCGCCCUGGGAGCGUUCGCGAGGGACGUUGAGGACGCUCAGCGACGCCGUCGCCGCGUCGGUUCUCGCGAACGCCACGACGACGUGCUUCGCGACGAUCGUGGGCGCGUUCGUGCCCGCGGUGUUUGAAGUUAACUUUUUAGGAGGCACGGGGGUGUUUACGAGUUGCUUCGUGUUGUUUACGCGCGAAAUUGCGCGCGCGCCGGCGAACACGGAUUUGGCGACGCCGUUCGGCGUCGCGAUGCCGGCGAAACGCGCGCCGUACGUUACCGCGGUGAUUUUGGUGUUUCUGGGAGGGUGUAAUCCACUCGAAGUGCUGGCGUGCUUGUACGUUGGCAACGCGUGGGCGGCGAAUGGGAUUGUUUGGGCGACGGCGAGCGACGGUACGCUGGCGCAGCUCGAGAACGGCGCGCUGCGAUUCGCGAGCCGACAGCCCGGAUACGUCGCGGUGAACGGGCAGAUGUUGCCCGUCGACUCGCGCGAUAGUAGCAGCGAUAAUUCUAGCUCAACGGCGAGCUCGUUCGUCGAAGGUGUGGCGGCGAUGGUGUCCAACGCGGCGCGCGAGGCGAGACGCCGAUUCACCGAAACGGCCAAUCGAAGCGCGGCGCCCGCGGCGGCGACCACGCCCGCGGCACCCGCGACGGCAGAUGAAGCCCCGUCGGCAUCUCGUGGAGUAGAUACGAGACCAAAGCCGCAGACGCGAGAAGAGCGCGCGGCGGCGUUUGCGGCGGCAUUCGAGCGGCGAAACUCAGACGACGCAGACGACGACGCGACUUGA